UUCACGUUGCAGGAGAGCGAAACGAUCAUCUUCCCCGCCAAAUUCCUAGCCGUAUAAAAUGGACUCCAGAAAGAAGCUCUAGAGGGAGAGAGAUUGCAAUGGAGGAGAGUGAGAGUGAAAUCCGAAUCAAAACCCUAACCGGAGAAUCACUGACCAUCUCCAUUUCCGGCGACAGAACAAUUGAGGACCUCAAGCUUCUACUUAGGAAGAAUUUCCCCUCCGCAACCGUUUCCCCCAAUUUUCACCUCUUUUCUAAGGGUACUAAGUUGAAACCGCAGAGUGAAAUUAGUGCAUGCCGCAUUGACAAAGGCGAAUUUCUAGUGCUCAUUCCAUUUACUAAAAAGGAAUCUUCCAAGCCUCAACUUCGCGAUCAAUAUGAACAAGGAUCCAGUGUUUCGGGCGGAAGCUCAAUUUCUCUAUUCGCUGAUUCUGCAUGGUCCGAUAUGGUCCAGGAUUUGUCGUAUUUACAUGACUGUUCUGUUCAAGGGAGAGAGAGAAAUGGCCUCGAGAGUGAGAGAGGGAAUUUUGAAACUGGAGGUGUUGAUUCUGAACUGGCAGCGACGUGUACUACCGGUCCUUCUAGUUUGAAAGCAAGAGGCAAAAAGGGUUUCAUUUGUAAUGACUCGAAUGGGAUUUUAGAUGACAUUUUGAGGAACUUGUUAUCGUCUCCUACUGUGGGAUUGUUAAGCGAAUACAAUUGCGAAAACUUGAUUAAGUUUUUGGAGUCUGUGGAUUGUUUAUCAGACCCACGUAAUGAGAAGUGCUUGUUGGCAAAACAAGCUAAUUCCCGAAGUGGCAGCAGAAAAGCGCCAAAUAGAACACGUUGUUCUUCAUGCCUAUGUCCAGUGUGGCUGAAGAAGAUAAUGAAGACAUUUGCUUUCUUAAAUGUUCUAUCAAUGUUUGCUCAACUACGAGAAGAAAUUAUAACUGCAAGUCGGUUGGAACAAGCAAUGGACCUGCUGCAGAAACAUGGAAUUACGCUUCGUAUGGAGGACAUGAAGCAUCUCUCUCUUCUUUGUCCCAAGGUAGUACAUUUUGCAAGUGGCACUUUGGAAGAUAGCUAUGAUGAUAAGAUUAUCAUUGUUAAUUAUUUGACCGCACAAAAUAGUCGAUGGACAGCUGAUAAUACGGCAUAUAAACUGUCGUCCAAAGCACCAACGGAUAUCACUCCAAUGAAGAGACGGGAAAAAUCCUUUAAAUUUUACCUUUGGGAGGCUAUUAAGGGCCAUAUGCUUAGACAUGGAAGCAGAAGUGAGAUAUGUGUGUCUUUUUCUUUGGAAGAUUUAAUUACGUCGAAAGCGUCUGCUGUGGAUGGAAAUGAAGCGAAGCGAGCAAAAAAAAGUGACAUGGCUUCGUCAAGUUCUCAAUCUGAUCGAGUACAAUGUCAUGACACUUCGAAACUCUUACCUGAGAACAUGGUUGAACAUCUUGAAAAGGGUAUUGGAUCUGAGGGUCAGAUAGUGCACGUCGAAGAUAUUGCGGCUAGAAAAGCUAAUUAUGUGGAAAUUCCGGAGGAACUUUCUAAUAAUGUUAUAUCAGCACUUAAAUGUAUUGGAGUAGAAAAGUUGUAUAGCCAUCAGACAAGGUCGAUAGAAGCCUCCCUGGCUGGAAAUCAUGUUGCAGUUGCUACAAUGACAUCAAGUGGAAAAUCUCUGUGCUAUAACUUGCCAGUUCUUGAAUCAAUGUCUCAAGAUGUCUCAUCAUGUGCACUUUACUUAUUUCCAACUAAGGCCUUAGCUCAAGAUCAACUCAGAAGUUUGCUUGUCAUGAUGAAAGGGUUUAAUGCUGACCUUAACAUUGGCGUUUAUGAUGGUGAUACCUCACAGUCUGACCGGAUUUUAUUGCGUGAUAAUGCUAGGCUGUUAAUCACAAAUCCUGAUAUGCUACAUCUAUCAAUCCUGCCACAGCACAGACAAUUUAGUCGGAUAUUAUCAAAUCUGCGGUUUAUAGUCAUUGAUGAGGCUCAUACUUAUAAGGGAGCAUUUGGAUGUCAUACUGCACUAAUAAUACGGAGACUUCGCCGGCUUUGCUCUCAUGUGUAUGGAAGUGAUCCUUCUUUUAUAUUCUGUACAGCAACUUCUGCAAAUCCACGCCAACAUUGCAUGGAACUUGGAAGUCUGUCAAGCUUAGAGCUGAUUGAAAAUGAUGGAAGUCCUUCUGCCAGAAAACUAUUCAUCCUCUGGAAUCCUAUUAUGGCCUCAAAAAGUUCUCAGAGAGGUAUUGAUUCUCUGCAGAGUACAGAAAAGAAUGCUAAUUUCAGAAAUCCAAGCCCAAUUAUGGACAUUGCGAGGCUCUUUGCAGAAAUGGUUCAGCAUGGACUUCGCUGCAUUGCUUUUUGUAAAACUCGUAAACUUUGUGAACUCGUUUUAUGCUACACGCGCGAAAUUCUUAAGGAGAGAGCUCCCCAUCUGGUUCAGUCUGUGUGUGCUUAUCGUGCUGGAUACACUGCUGAGUGCAUAUAUAAAAUGGAGCAGGAUAGGAGGAGAAUAGAGAGUGACUUCUUUGGGGGAAACCUUUGUGGUGUUGCUGCUACAAAUGCCCUUGAAUUGGGUAUUGAUGUAGGCCACAUUGAUGCAACUCUGCAUUUGGGCUUUCCUGGUAGUAUUGCUAGCUUGUGGCAACAAGCAGGCAGGGCAGGAAGGAGAGAAAAGACUUCUCUUUCUGUAUAUGUUGCAUUUGAAGGGCCUCUUGAUCAAUAUUUCAUGAAACACCCUGAAAAACUUUUUGGGAGUCCAAUUAAGUGCUGCCAUAUUGAUGCUGAAAACCAACAGGUUCUUGAACAGCAUUUGUUGUGUGCUGCAUAUGAACACCCAGUUUGUAUGGUUUAUGAUCAGAAUUUGUUUGGUCCUGGCUUAAACACUGCCCUAAUGUCUCUAAAAAGUAGAGGAGAUUUGAUUCCUGCACCAUCAUGUGGUUCAUCCAAAAGUAUUUGGACUUAUAUUGGGAAAGAGAAAAUGCCUUCACGCUCAGUUAGUAUCCGAGCGAUUGAAGCAGAGAGAUACAAAGUUGUAGAUCAGCGCCAAAAUGAAGUUCUCGAAGAGAUUGAGGAAAGCACGGCUUUCUUUCAGGUUUAUGAAGGUGCUGUUUAUAUGCAUCAAGGACGAACUUAUCUGGUCAAAAGCUUGAAUUUGUCAACUAUGCUUGCUUUCUGUGAAGAAGCUGAUCUAAAAUAUUACACAAAAACACGUGAUUACACUGACAUUCAUGUUAUUGGUGGUAGUUUGGCCUAUCCAAGGAGAGCUCCAAAUAUUCCGCUCUUAAAAACAACUGCACAAGCAAAUGAUUGCAGAGUUACCACCACUUGGUUUGGUUUCUAUCGAAUAUGGAAAGGAAGUAAUCAAAUUUUUGACACAGUGGACCUCUCCCUUCCAAAAUAUUCGUAUAACUCUCAGGCAGUUUGGAUUCCAGUACCACUAUCUAUAAAAGAAGAGGUGAAGAGGAAAAACUAUGACUUUCGUGCAGGCUUGCAUGCGGCUUCACAUGCUCUUCUGAAUGUAGUACCAUUACGUAUAAUUUGCAACAUGUCUGACUUGGCUCCUGAAUGUGCAAAUCCUCAUGAUUCUCGCUAUUUUCCAGAAAGGAUUCUGUUGUAUGAUCAGCAUCCUGGAGGAACUGGUAUGUCACUUCAGAUUCAACCCGUUUUCAUAGAGUUGUUGAAUGCUGCUUUAGAACUUCUCACCUCUUGCUGCUGCUUCGGAGAGACCGGCUGCCCUAACUGUGUCCAAAGUCUGGCCUGUCACGAAUACAACGAGGUUUUACACAAGGAUGCAGCCAGUUUAAUUAUCAAGGGUGUUCUGGAUACAGAGAAAACAUAUUACAGCCCGUAGUCAUAGAGAAGGUGGUGGCUGAAAUAGUCGUAGUGUGCUGAUGAGUGGCGACAGUGCACCUCUGAUCCACCUGAGCGUGUCAGCGCUGCGCCAUUGACUUGAGAAUUGUGAUAGGUGUUGAAGCUCCACAGCCAACAACCUCCUUCGGAACGUUAUUGAUUGAGCUUGAGAUUAUGAAGUACUUGCAUGUGAUUUCGAUGAGACUUGCGAACUGUAAGGCGAUUCACAGGUAGAUCGGCUCUUUCGCACAAAUCAGAGAACUAUUGUAUCACAUCUCCCAAUUAUAUGUGCUGACGGCUCAAACAUUCAUUACUUAGGCUUGACUGAACCUCGGUAUAUAUAUGUUUCUUAAAAAAAUUAUACAUGAAAUGAUGGCUUCAAUUGGGAGUAAAAUUUUAGAGGAAUUGCUGUUUUUGCUAUUAA